GCGUUCGUAAACCGUCUGCAAUGUUGUAAUUGUAACUUGUAAGGGAACUUGGAAGUAUAAACUCGCUAGAUAAUUAAAUAAUAUUCUUUCAGUGUAGAUCACAGAAACAGAACAAUACAGUCGGUAUAAAUUCAAUGCAUUUUUCAUAAUAAUUUAUUUAUGAUUUGUAUUUGAGAUUUGUUAUUGCUGAAUCUGCGUGCGUCAAUAAAUCUAUUUGAAGUUUUCAGGAAACCCCUUUAAAAUAUGACUGCACAACAAGCUUUUUCUGUUUAAGGUUCUGUUUCAAUCACAAGUCUAAAAAUGAACCAGGAGCGCUUACAAAAACUGAGGGAAGAUCGAAAAGCUAAAGAAAUGGCAAGGAUACAAAUGCUCCGGGAGCUAAAUCUUAAGAAAUAUAGCACACCAGCAAAUACUACAAACAUGUCCCGGCCAGCAGGGAAGACAGACAGAGCUGUUAGAAAUUCAAUGAAAACAGUUAAAAACAACUCACAACACAAAACAACUUUAGCAAAACCAUCUAGCUCAAAAACAAUAAAUAAAUUAUCUUUGUGUGAUGACAAAAGUGUAAAGACAACGGAGACAAAGAGAAGAGAAACUGUUUUUGAGCGGCUUUACAAACCAAAGGUUGUUAAGGAACCGAUCAUAGAAAGAGAGGACAGAAUUCGUCAUGAUGAAAUUGUAAAUAAUCCAAAUUUAAAUACAAAUAGACGAAAGACUACCGUAGAUAUAAAGCCGUUCAAAAUGCCAGUGAGACGUUCAAUAUCAGCUAUUCAUUUUAAGAAUUCAAGGAACAAUGAACUAGGUAAUUCCUUACAUAAAUUUUCAUCGGUAAGUGAGAAUAUCAACACAGUGUCAUUGAAGGAAGUAGAUGAAGUUGAACCUUUAAAUGGCAUGAUAUCAGCUGUUAAAUGUGAACAGAAAAAGGUCACAUUUCAAACGCCAAUACAUAAUGCUAAGGAAAUGUGUAGCAAGCUACAUAGAUGGUUGGAAAAGAUGGGAAAAUCUAUAGAUUCAUAUCCACACUUACAAUGUUUUAUGGAUCAAGACACACUUGUAUUCAAUGUUUAUGCAGAUGAGAACAAAGAAAACGAAGCUCUGGAACACGAUAGUGAUAAUGAAUCAUAUACUGAGUUGAAUGGUGAUGGGAAUAAAGAUGAUGCUAUGAAUAAAUGGAGGGAACCAAGUUAUAUAAGUGAAAGUGGAGAUAUUGAAUCAAGCCCAAACACAACCCUUACUUCUGGUCUGACACCACGGUUGGAUGAUCUUCUAUUGGGAGCACUUAAUGACCUGACAGAGCUCUUACGAAAUGGCUAUAAUUGGGAUGAGUGCGCCCGCUGGUUGCGAGCAGUACGCAACAGGUUCCCAAUGGCACAAGAGAGGGCAGAGUACUGGGAGUGCAGGGCUGCGCUGGAGGAAGGAAGAGGGGACAUCUCAGCCUCCGUUCAGUGCUGGGAACACGCUAUUUCUAAAGGGGCAGAGCGUUCAGUAGCAGAAGCCAAUCUCGAUCAGCUGUUGGAUAAGUUCAUGCAGCUCAAAAUUAAUCCAAACUCAUGCAAGAAGACACCGCUGGAGCCAAAACUGGUAGAUGCCAAGAAUGUCUUCAAAAGCACCAUCAUACGGUUUGCGGUUAAGGAGAGUAAGAAGAGCCAAACUGAUGGACCGUCGAAAAUGACUCUUACUCCAGUCCGUCGCAGUUCAAGACUGAGUUGCAACAGGUUCACCCCAAAGCUCAAACUAUUCAGCUCAGUGCAAAAGGCGUCAGAGAUGGGCAACACACAUUUUAUCCCCAACAGAGCAAUUCCUGGAACACCUUGAGUAACUUAUAUCUAAAACUUAUAGUCUUAUGUCUUAUUAUAAAAACUUAUAGUCUAAAAUACGAAUAAGAAACAAUAUUCACCAAUCAAUCAAUCAAUCAAAUUAUUUAGAUAGAUUUAAAAUAAUAACAGACUAACAUAAUUAUAAUAAAUAUUGUCUAAUUAAUUAUUAACAAAAAGUUUCACAUUUUAUGUUACCACAUUACUCGCGUUCAGAAAUUCAUUUGUCAUAUAGAAUAGUCGCUCACUUAACCAGUGUUUAUGUUUUUUCUUAAAAAGUAUUUUAUUUAAUAAUUUUUAAUUAAUGGGCAGUUUAUUGUAUAUUCUGACACUCAUAGCAAGACAACUUUUGUCAUACUGCAAGGUUAGUGGGAUUUCGUCGAAAAUUAGUCUAUUUGGAUCCCGGCGGUUUCUUUGUCUUUAGUGUCACAAACAUGAAUAAAUCACUAUUGAAUUUCACACGUUUUCCAAACAGAGGUCUUCAAGACUCAUCAGGUGGCACGUUGUAGAUAGCUCUCACACAUUUUUUUUGCGAUAUAAAAACCCUAGAAAUAUUUGUACAAUUAUCCCACAAGAACAGUCCGUAACGUAAAACAGAUUCAACGUAACUCUGAUAAGCUAAUAAUGUUGUUUGUAAACAAGUAACUUUAUUUAUUUGCCGAAGAGCAUUAACAAAUUUGUUGAUCUUGCUACAAACGUUAGAAAUAUGUGAUACCCAUCUAAUGGUGUCAUCCAGGAGCAAUCCCAAAAACUUUGUUCGAUUUGCUGUGUUAACAGUGGUGGUAUUAUAAUUGACAUUGUGAAUUGGAGUUUCGCGUUUAGUUGCUUUAAAUUGAACAUAAUUUGUCUUUGCCAGAUUUAUAUUAAGAUUAUUCCAUAACUACCAUACUAAUCCAAUGACAAAUUGAAUUCAUCUUCAUGUUUAUGUCAGCUUCAUGAUCACUUACGGAGUCAUUUUGUGAGAAGCCACAACUAUGGAAAUAUCGUUUGCAAAGAGGACACAUUCGUAUCUUGUUAUGUUUAUAAUGUCAUUAAUAUAAAUUAGGAAUAGAAACGGGCCAAGAACAUUUAAAAAAUUUAAUACCAUCGCAUGCACAAGAAUUGUUUAUUUUACAGAGCCUAGUAAGGGGCACUAUAAGCUUGUAGUUAUUUCUAGUGUUCAAAUUAUGUUCGUCGCUUAUUUUACUGUAUAAAUUAUAAUGUUUAUGUACGUGCAGGAGAUUGCUAUUAAUAUAUUUGCCGUACAUGGUCAUAAUAUGAAUAUCUUUGAAUUUUUCCCUCAGAGAUUCUCGUGAGCUGAUUUGGUAUAGGUAUGGCAUGUACAGCUCUUUUUUGAAGUAUGAAGAUAUUAUUUAGUAUAAUUCCAUAGGACAUAACAUCAUUUAUUUUGUGCACCAAUGUGUUUUCGGCUUUAGAUACUAAUUUUAUGUUUAUUCAAUGCUUUAUAAGGUUGGCAACACUCUUGUUGAUUCCUUUGGUCUAAUAACACCAUCACCAAAACACGUAGUAAUUUGUGCAUAAAAUCAUUCUGAUUAUUCUUUUAAAAUUAAAUUAUAAAUUAUUUAUCCGCCUGAAAACUGUAAUGGGGUCGUGAAAUAAAGAUUGAAAAACAUGCGACGCCGUACUUAUAAUCAUAUUCUUUGUCUGAACGUACCUAUUAGAUAUGAAUUGAGUUAUAAUAUAAUUAUAGGUGUGUUUGUGUGUGCUUUUGAUUUGUUUAAAUGUUUUCCCGCCUAGAAAAAAUGUCUGAAUGAGUUUACUGAUUGCUGGAACAUCAAGAUUUCAAAAUCGAUAAUGAUAUUUUAUAAUUAAGAAUUUAUGUAAGUGUAAAUAUGCAUUUAGGCAAUUUUAAUAUAUUAUAGCUAGUAGACAUAUUACAAAGGUAAAAAUUAAAGUAUAAUAUUAUCACGUUAAGAAUUUUAUAAUUAAAUAAAUGAUUGAAGAUAA